AGCUGAAACUGUUCCAUCCCCACCAUCGAGCGCCCAUCGCAGUAGGCUGCGCCUGUGGGUGGUGGAGAAAAUGAAGUUCGGUUUCAACAACCACGCAAACCAGUACGAAAUAUAUUCGCUCUUACGUUUUGUACUACACGUGUUUCAUUCGUUUCCGGACACAUCAAUUUGGCGACGAGGAAAAACCGGAAGCAUGGCGGAACUACAACAGGCGAUCCUCAAGAUUACGGAAUUGCUGCAGAAGAUGGCGGCACCGGCGGCAGCACCAGAUAACUCCGAGCAGAUCCUGGAGUCGCUGGCCACCAACAUCAGCGAGUUUUCUUUCGACGAAGAGAACGGUGUCACUUUCGACAAGUGGUUCCGGCGUUACGAGGACAUGUUCAAGGAGGACGCGUCCAAGCUGAAGGAGGAGGCGAAAGUGCGACUUUUGCUCCGGAAGUUGGACACCACCGCACACAGCCGCUAUUGUAACUACAUCCUGCCCAAGCUUCCAAGUGCCGUCAAGUUCGACGACACCGUGGCCACGCUACGGAAAAUUUUCGGCUCCCACACCUCCAUCUUCCACAAACGCUACCAGUGUCUCCAGCUGGCCAAGUCGGAGGCGGAGGAUAUCAUCACCUACGGAGGUAAGGUGAACCGGGCGUGUGAGGACUUUGAGUUCCAAAAGGUGAAGAUUGACCAAUUCAAAUGCCUCAUCUUCAUCUGCGGUCUUAAGUCACCUCGAUACGCCGAUGUUCGGGCAAGACUCCUUUCCCGGAUCGAAGCGGAGACCGCCGAAAACCCUGUGACGCUCCAAACCCUGAUCGACGAGUUUCAGCGCCUCGUCAAUCUCAAGGCGGACACGACGCUGGUCGAGCGGCCAUCAAGCUCAAAACCAGCAGUCCACGCGGUCCAGGAGAGGCGAAGCGGUCCCCAGCAGCAGCGUCCGGCGAAAACCGAAGGCAAGUUACCCCGAACCCCCUGCUGGCAAUGCGGCCAAAUGCACUUUGUCCGGGACUGUCCGUUUUCGGGGCAUUUGUGCAAGGCAUGCAACCGAGUUGGCCACAAGGAAGGCUAUUGCAGCUGCGUUUCCAAGCCUUCCAGCAGCUCUCCCAAGCCGGAUCAUUCCGUGGAGGAGAAGAAAAAGCAGGCGAAGAAGCAGCAGAAAGCCAAGUCGCGAGGAAUUUUCGUCAACCACGUGGCUGCCAAUCGCAGCAGGCGUAAGUACUUGCCGAUCACCAUCAACGGCGUUGCUACGCAACUGCAGCUCGACACAGCCAGCGACAUAACGGUGGUUGCCAAGGCAACGUGGCGCAAGCUAGGACAGCCAUGUUUGCAGCCAUCCUCCAUUCAAGCAAUCAACGCGUCCGGCCAGCCGCUCGGGCUUGUCGGCGAGUUCGUGUGUGACGUCACUCUCAACGGCAGAACGGAGCGCAGCAGAUGCUUCGUGACGUCAUCGCCUGGACUCAACCUUCUGGGAAUCGAAUGGAUCGAGCUCUUUGAGUUGUGGUCCGUGCCGAUCGAUUCCAUUUGCAACGUCGUCGAGGUCAAGUCGGUGGAGGAGCAGCUUCAAGAGCUUCGAGCCAACCACGCGGCCGUUUUCGACGAUUCCCUGGGACACUGCACCAAGACGAAGGUAAAGCUUUAUCUCAAACCUAACGCCAAGCCCGUCUUUUGUCCCAAAAGACCAGUUCCGUUCAACACCAUUUCCCUGGUCGACGACGAGCUCAACCGCCUCCAAUCUCUGGGAAUCAUCACACCUGUUGAAUUCUCGGAGUGGGCCGCUCCGAUCGUCGCUGUGCGCAAGCCGAACGGAAGAGUUCGCAUCUGUGCGGAUUUCUCAACUGGUCUGAACGAAGCAUUGGAAGCCAACCACUACCCGCUGCCAACACCGGAGGAAAUUUUUGCGCAGCUGUCUGGCAGUUCCAUCUUCAGCAUCAUCGACCUCUCCGAUGCGUACCUUCAGCUCGAAGUUGAUGACGACUCCAAGAAGCUCCUCACCAUCAAUACGCAUCGAGGUCUGUUCCAGUACAAUCGCCUCACUCCGGGGGUGAAGUCAGCGCCGGGAGCUUACCAAAGCCUCCUGGACGGAAUGAUUGCGGGCAUACCUGGCGUCCGCACCUUCAUGGACGACGUCAUCGUGUUCGGACCAGACCGGAAAUCGCACGCAUCUUCACUCAAGCAGUUGCUCCAACGUCUCAAGGAGUACGGGUUCCACGUCAAGGCCGAGAAAUGCAGUUUCUUCCAGCUGCAAAUUCGGUAUCUAGGACACAUCGUGGACAGUCGAGGUAUCCGCCCCGACCCCGAGAAGCUGAGGACGAUUGCCGCCAUUCCUGCUCCAACCAAUGUGUCCGAACUGCGAUCGUUCCUGGGCGCGGUGAACUUCUACGGAAGAUUCGUGCGCAACCUUCACGAGCUACGCCGCCCAAUGGACCAGCUGCUCAAGAAGGACACCAAGUGGCGUUGGACAUCCGAGUGCCAGCAGGCGUUCGAGAAGUUCAAGGAGGUGCUCCAGUCAAGCCUGCUACUAACUCACUACGAUCCGAAGCUGCCGAUCAUCGUAGCCGCGGACGCGUCGAGCACCGGCAUCGGGGCCGUCAUACUCCACCAGUUCCCUGAUGGCUCACUCAAGGUAGUUCAACACGCGUCAAGGUCGCUCACACCCGCUGAGCGCAACUACGGACAACCUGAAAAGGAAGCGCUCGCGUUAGUAUAUGCGGUAACGAAGUUCCACAAGUACCUGCUGGGACGGCCCUUCACACUGCAAACUGACCACAAGCCGCUCCUGUCCAUCUUCGGCUCGAAGAAGGGAAUUCCACUGCACACCGCGAAUCGCCUCCAACGCUGGGCACUCACGAUGCUGAACUACGAUUUCGAGAUCCAGCAUGUGUCCACGAGCGACUUCGGUUGUGCCGACAUGUUGUCUCGGCUCAUCGACCGUACCAUCCAACCGGAAGAGGAGUACGUCGUGGCAGCACUCACGCUCGAAGAGGACCUGGUAAGCAUAAUCGCAGACACAAUCGACAAAGUGCCGGUCUCUUUCGCAGCUCUCCAAAAAGCCACUGCGACGAACGCCACACUCCAGGCCGUGGUCAAGUACAUCCGCGACGGAUGGCCAAGCAGCGCGGGAACGGUCACCAACUCCGAGGUUCUUCCCUACUUCCGCCGACGGGAAUCGCUCAGUCUUGUCGACGGCUGCGUGAUGUUCCACGACCGAGUGGUGGUUCCGACCCAGUUCCGGUCCCAGAUUUUGCGACAGUUCCACCGUGGACAUCCUGGAAUGGUCCGCAUGAAGGCGAUUGCGCGCAGUUUCGUCUACUGGCCCGGACUAGACAACGAAAUAGAGGAUUUCGUUAAGCGAUGCAACCCUUGCUCCAUCGCUGGAAAAGCACCCACCAAAACGUGCUUAGAAUCGUGGCCAACUCCAAGCAAGCCGUGGUCCCGGAUCCACAUCGACUACGCCGGUCCCGUGGAUGGCGUGUACUUCCUGGUGGUGGUCGACCCAUUCACCAAAUGGCCCGAAGUGUACGCAACUCGAACGAUGACAGCGAAGACGACCAUCAAGCUGCUGACCCAGUCAUUCGCUACGUUCGGUAUUCCGGAGGUUAUUGUUUCCGACAACGGAACCCAGUUUACUGGCCACGAGUUCAAGGAGUUCUGCACCAAGCUGGGAAUUCGCCACCUUCGAACCGCUCCGUUCCACCCACAAUCAAACGGAUCGGCGGAACGAUUUGUGGACACGCUGAAGAGGAGCCUUCGCAAAAUUCGCGCGGGGGGAGAAACCCUGGAGGAAGCACUGCAGACGCUUUUGCAAGUGUACCGCUCGACCCCAACCAGCGAUCUCGAUGGCAAGUCUCCGGCGGAAGUGAUGUUCGGCCGGCCAGUUCGGACCAUUUCUGCUCUCCUUCAACCGACCAAGGACAAUUCGCCAAGCACCAGCGCUAGGGCGGAGAAGCAGAACGACACUUUUAACAAAAAGCACGGCGCGAUCCAACGGAUUUUCAAGCAUGGCGAUGCCGUCUUCGCGCAGGUCCAUCGUGCCAACUCCUGGCAGUGGGAGGCUGGUACCGUGAUCGAGAAGAUCGGCAGAGUCAACUACAACAUAUUCCUCGACGACCGCCGACGCUUGAUCCGUUCGCACGCAAACCAGUUGAAGACACGAGUUCCCGAGACCACAGCCUCGCCAGAGCCGACGCCGCUCUCGAUCUUUUUCGACGGUUUUGGAUUGGCCGAUGCGGUAGCAGCACCAGUGCCUGCAACUCCAGUGCCAGUUCCUGUUCCAGUUGACGACAGCGAUCCGGAAUUCUCGGACGACGACUCUGAAGAAUCUGACGAUCAGGAGCAAUCCGGUUCAUCCGAAGCAGAGUUCGAGGACGCAGCUGUAGAACCACCGGCACCUGCCGCUCUCCCGGCGGGACGAGCUUCUGGAGGACAAGGACAUCCGGUACCUGAAGCACCUCAAGGCGCGCCAGCUGGUGGAGGACGAGGACAACGCGCAAUCAAGCUUCCAGGAAGAUUUUCCAACUUCUGGAUGAAAUAAGGGGGGAGAUGUUCCAUCCCCACCAUCGAGCGCCCAUCGCAGUAGGCUGCGCCUGUGGGUGGUGGAGAAAAUGAAGUUCGGUUUCAACAACCACGCAAACCAGUACGAAAUAUAUUCGCUCUUACGUUUUGUACUACACGUGUUUCAUUCGUUUCCGGACACAUCAGAAACAAUAUUCGUUGUUCUUAAAAUUAAACAAAAUAAACAAACAAAAAGAUAAUUUCCAAACAUAAAGCAAAUGGUACCAACGAUUACUGAUCAGGUGGCGCAACGCAGAGGGAAGCAAUUAUUUUACGAUUACGCGGAGCGGUGGUGAUGCAGCGAAACACAUGUCGUCCGAAUGCCAAACAACAACAGCAAGGAUAAUAUAGUAUUUAAGGGUAAACAAUUAUUGUAACCGCAAAAAAAGAGAAGAAGAAGAAGAGGGAAUAAAAGCUGUGACCAUUAUACAACUCAUACAUAUAAACUCACGUAUAUUACUGGUAUAGGAAUUAGCCAAAAAAAAAGAAAAAAGGAACAUAAACUUGAUAAGAAUUAAGCUAAAAGAAAUACGACAACAUUCACAAAAACUCAAAGAAAAAGAUAACGAUUUCAAUCCUAAAAUUAAUCGCUAAAUUAUUUAAUGAAGUUUGCGCAAGGAUAACGCUGCAAAAAAGCGGUAUUUUACUCUUUCCUAACACAAACAUAUAAAGCUUGCAUAAUGGUUUCGUCGUCAUACUACAAAAAAAAAAACAAAAGAAAAGCGUGCAUUAGGCAAGUGUUUACAAAAUUAAAUCUCAAAAUUAACUGCGAAGAAAAGAAACAAACAUACAAGAAAAAUGAUAAUUAAAUUACGGAAAUCCAAUGCUAGUCAAGCUGUGCGAUGGCGACGACGCUCGUCUUGGGAAAAGGAAGCAAAUGAUCUGAAAAAAAGUGAGUGAAAUCAUGCUGAAAAUGAAGUAAGAAAUACACAAUCUGCUAACUGUGAGAGUUGUAUUGAAAAAAAAAUCCUACGUGAAGUUUAAGGAACAAAAAAAGUGGUGAAAUAAAGUAUUCAAGAAAUUUUAUACAAAAAAGUG